CGUCUUUGUAUGAAAUCCUGGCGGGUUCUCUGCAGACAUCAGACUCAGCUUUCCGCGACAGGUGCACCAUGGACAGAAAGGUAAGCGCGUGCAGUCACUGUGUGAGUAUACCGGGCUGUUAGAGUGUAUGCUGGGUAAUGACCAGUUACUGUGUGUGUAUAGCGGUUCUAUAGAUAGAAUGUAGAAUCUAUGUGACAAUAGGACGGGCAGCUGUCAGUGUGCGCGCUAAUUGUAAUGUAUCUUGGAAUAGGGGGUUAGAGCAAUAGUUUUUGAGCUACACUGUUUCUACGUAGGCUAAUAUAAGCUCUAGAUAUGGCUGCUAACCUGGUGAAGUUGUCUAAUAUUUCAGUGCAAGGUUUAUGGGUCUGAUCUAAUUUGUCUAAUAGUGCAUCAUAGGACUACUUAAAGAUGUAGCCAUGCUUUACAUGAUCAGUAGUUUAACCCUUUAAGGACACAUGAUGUGUAACAUGUCAUGAUUCCCUCUUAUUCUAGAAGUUUGGUCCUUAAAGGACCACUCUAGGCACUCAGACCACAUCAACUUAAUGUAGUGGUCUGGGUGCCAGGUCCCUCUAGGAUUAAGUUAGGGUUAAUUUAGCUGCUAGAAGUGUUUGUGUACUUCUCACUGUGAAAAUCAGUGAGAAGAUGCAAGCGUCCCUAGGAAAGCAUUAUUAAUGCUUUUCCUCUGAGACUGGCUGAAUGUGCAUGCAGCUCCUGCUGUGCAUUCAGCCGAAGAGGAGAGCUGCCUGGUGCUGGGGGGGGGGAAGAAAGGUAAGAUUUAACCCUUUCCUCUCCAUCCAGCCUGGCAGGAGGGGGACUUUGAGGGUGGGGGCACUAUAGUGCCAGGAAAACAAGUGUUUUCCUGGCACAAUAGUGGUCCUUUAAGGGGUUAAAGGGACACUGUAGGCACCCAGACUACUUCAGCUAAUUGAAGUGGUCUUGGUGCUGUGACCAUUUUGCAUUUCCAGAGAAACUGCACCACAGGGCUUCCCGGAUUGAAAUGUAUGUCUGGUGUCUGCCGCUCGUGUCAAUGCUCUACUAUGGGGUGGUCACAGGUGUGUGGCAUUAGCACCAGCUUGUUGGAUGGAGUGUUGAGUGACAUGGGUGCUGAGUUAAGGUAAAGAGGUUUUUAACCCUAUAUAUACACUGGGGGUGGUAGUGCCAGGAAUACAUCACUUUAACCCCUUAAGGACACAUGUCAUGAUUCCCUUUUAUUCCACAAGUUUGGUCCUUAAGAGGUUAAGUGCCCAACAACUGCCUUGAAUGUUCUGUCAAUGUAGCAAUGUUUAGCCUUUUAGCAUUUCAACUACUUUGCUUUAGGUUAGCUGUACAGUACUCCACAAAACUUAGAGGAGACUAUACCUUCUCUUGAAACAGCAAAGUAUGGCAAGUUACAGCUAAUGCGUGAGCAUGCCUUGUUUCUGUAUCUCUAGAUGGAUACUCCACUACACAAGUAAAAUUACCACUAUUACUGGAUAUACCCAAUGAAUAAUGUAUGCACGUUUGGUUUGUAAUAGACUUUCUAUAUCGUAAAAUGGCUGGCAAAAAUGAUUUCACAUGUGCAUACUUUAGAAGCCCUCCCCUUCUUACCAAGCCCAGAACUUGUUGCUGUCCAAUCCAGAUUUCUUGUGGUCUUGCUUAAUCUUUCUUUCAUUCUAGUUUUCUGCAUAUGUAUACUGAUAAUGGCUUCUGCCAGAUUCCCCCUCAAACUGAUCAGUGACUUUGGGGCAUUAGCCAUACACAGCACAAAUUAAAUGGACACUAUAAUCACCAGAACAGAUACAUUAAGCUGUGACUAAUCAUUUCCAUGCAGACUCUGUAUUUUCAAAGAAAAUGCAGUGAUUACAUUGCUUUCUAGGGACACCUCCAGUGCCGUUCAGUCUCUAUCCAUAGCGUUUGGCCCUGUCCCGCCUUCUUUCUGGUUUCAGCCAAGCCAAUUCUUUCCCUAUAGGAAAGUACUGGAUUGGCUGAAAUCAUAAAUUUUGUAAGUAUGGGGGGGGGGGGGGGUUGUGUUUUUUUUUUUUUCCAAGCAACCUACAUUGUGGAUGAACCACUACAGGGUCAGGAAUAUGUUUGUUCUUGACCCUACAGUGUUUCUUUAAAGGAACUAUAACAAUUCAAUAGAAAUUAUGGUGCCCAGGAGUCCAAAGUGCUUCUUAAAUUGAAGGGAUUAAAGUGUUCUAAUGACUUGACUCCAAAGGCUGCUCUCCAGCACUGGAUCUUUCUGUUCCCUGGAAGUGCAGCCUGUCACUGGGGUACUGCUUAGUCAGCAGCACUCUGCACAUUUGAAUAAGUCAUGGUGCCUAUACACUUAAGCUAAAGUCUUGGUGUUUAGAGUAUUUCUGUACUUUUAGCAGUUUUUUUUUUUUUUUGUUUAGAUGUAUUUACCGGUCAGAAGUAGCUUCUUGCAUAGACUGCCUGCAAACCAUAUAAAGCCUUUCUCUUCCACUGAUACAAUAUUUUCUUUCCCUUUUUUGUUUUAGGAGAUGUUACUGGAGCUCACAGGCGGCCUGGACCUCUUCUCUGCUUUUCUUCCAACUCUGUCUUCUCCCUGUGAGACAGAUGCCCCACUUCUCCCUUCUUUCUCUGUUACAUCAAAGGUUCCAGGCCUCACAUCCCUACGUUACAAGACAGAGCUCUGUACAAGAUAUGCAGAAAGCGGGUUCUGUGCAUAUAAAAGCCGCUGCCAAUUUGCCCAUGGUUUGAGUGAACUAAGACCUCUUCUCCAGCACCCUAAAUACAAGACAGAGCUAUGCCGAUCCUUUCACGUCCUUGGGACCUGCAAUUAUGGCUUGCGUUGCCUUUUUAUUCACAACCUUCAGGAACGGAGGGAACCACUUGUUUCCCCAACUGUCAGUCGUUUGCCACAACGUCGUCAUGUAGCUCCAUACAACAAGCAGCGUUGCCGCCUCUGGCGCUCACCUGCUGGCUGCCCUUAUGGGGCUCGUUGUCACUUUCAGCACCCAAAGGGUGUCCAGGAGGCAUGCCGUCACUAUGCUGCUCUAGGUGACUGCCCCUAUGGAUCUCGCUGUUACUUCUCACACAACCAGCCUCCAGACCGUUGGGGCACCGGAGGCAAGAAAGGGAGUGACUGUCUAUCACCUUCAGAUCCAGAUAGUGAACCUGGAACACCAUUGUUCUCAGACUCCUCUGCUAACAAUGCAUUCACAUUCUCCAGUCUCCUUCUGCCGCUUGCUCUACGUCUACAGAUCCUAGGGGAGGAGGAUUUUAGUGGCCUUGGUGACCCAGUCCUCACAGAGGAUGAAAACUCACAAGGAACAGUGUCUGACUGAGCAGCUAACUUCUGCACAUUUCUUAUACAUGUCUAUGAAUUUUAACUUUUACGAUGUUGAACCCUGAUUUUUGGAAGUCCUAAGGGUUUGAUAUAAAGCUCUUAACCUAAGCUCUUUAGCAGAAAGAAGCUAAAUUAUCUUAACUACUGCCGAUAAGGCUCUUAUGUAAAUAAUUUUUAACUUAUUUCUUAUCUAACUGCAGAUGUGUUUAAUAUUAG